AGAAUCUGGGUCCGAGGUCUUAGAAAGUAGGAUUCGAGUAAAUGUAUGACACAAUGGAAAGAGAAAGCAGAAAUCUUUAACGGUACUACUAGUAUAAGGAAAAAGGGAGAAGGAAGAUUAUAUGAUGAUCGCCUGCAACAGGUGAUACCAAGUCACUGGACCCCAGAUUACCGCUUUGGGAGCAACACUGACUGCCAAGACGUGAAGACCUGAGGCUCCCAAACUCUCCGCCAUCCAUCGUUGAUUCUGAGCCUGAAUCGUUCGUUCAAUCUCUCCCUUCUGACGGGGACUGCAGUGUUUUCUGCCAGCUAUCGCCCCUCACGCCAUUUGACUUGACCUCUGCCAACGCCUGCCCGGUCGCUUCGUGGCCUCAUCCACGUAGCUUUACGAUUCAACUGUCGCGCGGAUUCAACCCAUCAUUCCCUUGUUUUCGGGGUUACAUCGACCUUCGGCCCACCCAUAUCGAUAGUAACCCAUACGUUCGCUUCCGCUCUGUGUCAGGUUUAUUAUCGAGAGGAUGGACGGCUCACAGGUUCCUGCGGCUCAGCCCAUGGUUACCCAACACUCGAAUUUAAUCCGGACCGAUCAGGUCCAGAAGCUCCCUCAUCUCACCGAGCAACAGAAGAGUCAACACACCCAACUGGUGCGCAACUUUUGGGAGGUCCUCAAUAACCGCGACCCUCAGAGCACAGAAUAUCAGCACGCGCACUCGAGGCUUACCCAGAUAUCACAAAGUCUGAUGAAGGGUAUGCGAGCAUUCCAGCAGAACCGCCAGCUCCAGCAACAACAGCUCCAGGGCCAGCCUGGUCAGCCCGGCCAGCGGCCGCAGUCGGUCAACCCUCAGACCUUCAAUCAGCUCCUACCUCAGAUCCAACAAAAAGUCAACAGUCUGCAAUUCUCUCUUCCUCCCAAUAUCAGCCAGGAACAAGCGCAGUCAUGGCUUCCGGAGGCCAGAUUACGAUACGGCAUUGCGCUGCAGAAGCAAGAGAUCGGCAGGGCGCGCGUAGCGGAGCUACGUCAGCAGUUUAGCCAGCGCCAGACUGCCGGAAAUAUGACCCAGGAGGAGCUACAGGAAUUCAAAAAUCGGCAGCUUGCGGCAGAGAAGCUUUACCGAGAAGGGGGUGACUUCUUGACCAAGUUCAAAGAGCAACAAGAAAACUUCAAGGCGCAGCAACAGAGGGCAGGCGUACAGAACGUUACAGGUCAACCACAAGGUGCCAGUGUCACACCAGCUCCCACUGUCCCUGCUGGUUCGGAUGGUCGCCCCGCAAACACACCCGUGUCAAUGCAUCCUGGACAGGCCCCAACACCUGCCCCUCAUACUAUCACUUCUGCGGUAAGUGCCGCACGAAGCCAAGCUGGCCAGACAGCUAUGUCACCGUCAGUCUCCCAACAAGGCCAAGUGCCCGUUGCACAGGCGGCCCCGGUGGCCACUCCUGCCGCUCCUGCCGCACCACCAGUCGUUCCUCCCCAAGCGCAGUCGCAGCCGCAGCCGCAGCAGCAGCAGCAGCAUCCGCAACCACAGCCGCAGGCCCAGCCUCAGCCAGGAGCACCUGGCUCACAGGUCACCUUCACGCAAGUACCUAACUUGGACGGCUCUACGCCUACGCCUACUACAGCUCAGCCAGUGAAUGUGCAAGGGCCCCCACGUCCUUUGUCCCAACAAGCUGCUAUGGCUCAGGCUGCUCAAAACUAUACCAAUAAUAACGCAAACAACAACAUGGGCCAACAGCAAAACAUGCCACAGCCUGCGACCAACUCGCAUGCGCAUCCUCAGGGCUAUAUUCCCAACAGAGCCACUGAUAACUCGGCACGAAACAUCAAUAUGGCCAUUCCAAAAACCCUGAAUGUCCCUCCUCCGGAGCCUGUCACUAUGGCGCCAGCGCGGCCAACCAUGUCAGGUGGUCCCAGCCACGGCGCUAUGGGUAUGAUGGGUCAGCCUGCGAUUCAAAAACACCCGGGGUACGUCCUUGAAGGCGAAGGCCAGCGAGUCCUGAGCAAGAAAAUGCUUGACAUCUUGGUUCGCCAGGUGACUGGGGGAGGAGAGGGUGAGGGACUCACUCCAGAUGCUGAAGACUUCAUCCUCCAAAUGGCCGAUGACUUCGUUGACGACGUGAUUACCGCUGCCUGCCGUCUCGCCAAACUACGUCCAUCAUCUACCCUCGAGAUCCGCGAUAUUCAGCUUGUUCUCGAACGUAACUACAACAUGCGCAUUUCUGGAUUCUCGACUGAUGAUCUUCGCACCGUCAAGAAGCCUCAGCCCACACAAGGCUGGACCCAGAAGAUGUCCGCCAUCCAAGCUGCCAAAGUGACACAAGGCAAGGCUGAAUGAUUUCUGCAUCUACUGCGCUUCCCCUCUUUCCGCCUUCGCAGUCAUCGUCUCCAAUCGGGGUUGUGCACCUUCAGUGAUAACCUACGUGUCAAACGCCUCCUCACUCAGUUACCCUACUUAUUUAAUCUUCUAAGAAAUUGUCUUAACACCACCGUUCUC